CGUAAGACAAUGAGCGUCAAUCAACAAGCGGCUAAAGGCAGCAAAAUAAAAGCAAAUGAAGUUUUAAUAGAGGAAAUUGAUAGUAAUGAUGUGCCGGAAAACGAGCUAGCACAGUUUGAGGUGACAGAACCAUUGCGCAUUGUAGAAAUAAUCGACUUGGACGAUGAGGAGGAUUCAACACCGGUGUCAAAUGAAGCCGCAAAAGCGGCCGAUGAAGAAGGCGCCUUAAUUAGACGUUAUGUGCAGGGCGUGCAGUGUCUUGAAUUUCCUGAUUUCUGCACCAAGCUUGAGCCUGGCGAUGAAGAGGAUGACGACGAGGCGGAACACUUGGCAGCCAAAAAGAAGUAUGAGGAGCCAGAAGAACCCAGCACGAGUGCCGCUGCAACUGCUAAGCAAUUAGCACCGCCGAAGACGCAGUCUAAGAGCUCGUUUGGAGGUCGCGCCGGAGCUGGUGGAAGCUUGGGACGCCGCAGUCAAUUAAGCGCCGCAUUGAUGGGCCUCAUGGGCGAGGCGAAUCUCUCGUUUGCCUACGGACGUUUUGAUGUGGCCGAACGAAUUUGCAUGGAAAUCAUACGUCAAAAUCCUCUGGCCAGUGAACCCUUCUACACGCUAGCUGAGAUUUAUGAAAAUCGCGAUGAGGUUAAGUUCUUGCAUUUCUCUACAAUAGCGGCGCAUCUAAAUCCGCAGGACCGCGAUAUGUGGAUACGUAUUUCUGAUUUGCUGGUGCAACAAGGCCAUUUGGCACGUGCCCGUGCGUGCUAUACCAAGGCCAUCAAGGUGCUGCCCAAGGAGUAUCUGUUGCGACUGCGCAAGGCGCAGCUGUUAGAGCGCAUGGGCGAGACAAAUGCAGCUAUGUUUACCUAUCUGAAAAUGCUGCCACUGAUGCCCGCGAGCGAGUGGAGCUUGUGCCUCAGCACGGGCAAGAAUGUGGCACGCUACUUCCAUGAGCUGGAGAAGCACAGCAUUGCACUGGAGGCCAUGGAGGGCACGUACGGAGUGUGCGGUGCGCGCUUCACAAACGAAGAUCUCAACAUCUAUCUCGAACUGCUCAUACUCAAUAAGCAGUAUACGAAGGUGCUACGAUGUCUACGAGAGCGCACCAAUCUGGAGCUGGAAACGGAGCAGGAGAGUCUGGAGCUCAUCUACUUUUGCCAAAUACCCGAUGACUAUGUGCCCGAGUUGCGUGCCAAGCUUUGUGUCAGCUUGAUCCACAUGCACGCACACCACCUGCUCGGCUACAUUGUGCAGAAUAUACAGGAGUAUAUAACGCCCACUGUAGAUCGUGUGGAGCUAUAUAUGGACAUUACCGAGGCGCUGAUGCAGGAGCACAAAUAUGCGGAGGCCAUUGCCCUAAUGCGUCCCAUUACAGAUUCCGAUUCUUUCGAUUGUCCCGCGUUCGUUUGGCUGCGCCAGGCCGAGUGCUUGCGUCAACUGAAUCGCACACAGGAGGCCAUCCAGAGCUAUGGGCGCGUCGUGCAACUGGCCCCGUACUGCUACGAGGCAAAGUUUACGCUGUCGGCGCUGCUCAAGCAGCAAGGCAGACCCGAGGAGGCAGUCAAGGCUCUGGAGCAAUCCGGCGAGCAGGAGGGACAGCCACUGCAUGCGCGUCUACUUUACGAACGCUGUAUCAUGCUGCAGCAGAUCAAUCGAAUCGAUGAAUUCCUCGACGUGGGCUAUGUGCUGCUCAGUCGGCAUUCUAUAAAGCUCAAGAAUCGCGAGGAGAUGAUGGCUGCUUCGAAUGGCGGCGGCGCCUACAACACCGAAGGCCUCAAGGUCAUCAUACAAAUGCGUAACAUGGCUGAUGUAUCAGGAGGCGCAGAAGCCGAGCAGCAGGAAUCACAGAAAGCUUCUGCAACGGCCAAUGCAGAGGGCUCCGAUCUAACCAUUAAGAACGAGUACGAGCUGUUUCUGGAACUGGUGCGCACUGCGCAUGCGCAUCGUUUGCACAGCGCCGUUGAGCGCAUUUGCUUCGCCAUGGUGACCACCAGACGGUUCACUUACUAUCACUACGAGAUCGAACGCAUAAUGAUACUGGGCUGUUAUUUCAAUCGUGAUUGCGCCAUUAGCUUUUCGUACCUGCGCGAGCUGAUUGCCAAGCGGCCGGACAUGCUCAAUUUGUGGAACAUGCUAUCGCUGAUGGUGCAGCAGGGCGACGAGGUGCGCUACUUUCGCUAUGCACGACGGCUGCUGCAGCGUCAUCCCAAAGUCACCCAGCCCAUGCGCCUCUUCUUGGGUCACUAUCAUCUCAAUUGUAGCUCGUACAAGUAUGCGCUUAAUGUUUAUGUGCCGAUAUUGCGGGAACAGCCGCAUCCGUUGGUCGCUCUCUCCAUAGCCGUGGUCUUCAAUCAGCUGGCGCUGCAGAAGAAGGUGCUGCGUAAAUCGGCAGCUGUCGCGCAGGCGGUGGCCUUUGCUUUGCGCUAUGCGGAAUUGCGUGGCGGCAGCAGCGAUAAGGGCAACGAUGUUCCAGAUACAUGUGCUGCCCAGCAGGAGAUCUACUACAAUAUUGGACGCAUCUAUCAUCAGGCAAAUAUACUGCAUCUUGCCAUUGAUUAUUAUGAGCGGUCGUUAGCCGCGCAGCAUCCGCUGAUAAAGGCGCACGAAUCGGUUCUGGGACUGCAGCAUGAGGCGGCGUUCAAUCUGCAUCUUAUAUACCGUGUCAGCGGAAACAAGUGGAAGGCGCGGCAGUGUCUAAUGCGUUAUUGUGUUGUCUAAGAAUUAAGAGUUAGUUUUAGUGUUUCAAUUUCAUAUUAAAAUUGACAACAAUAUUAAAAGUAUUCAAAUA